AUAUACUUUGCAAAAGCGGUGUGAUCAUUCAUGUUUCUAGAAAUUGUGUGAAGCUUUUUAAUUGUAUGACGUAUGUUUCUAUAGAAUGUGACGGAGACUGGAUGCUGAAUAAUAGACAUUGUUACCUCCUGAACCGAACAAAGCUAUCUUGGCCUGAUGCCAAGAGUGAGUGCACAAGGUGUGGUGCGUAUCUUGUUGAAAUAAAAAAUGAAGACGAGAAUAAGUGGAUUGAAGAGUACCUUUUACAGGAUGUCUUCUGUAGAAGCAAAUACGAGUGUACGUCUUGGAUUGGUGGAACUGAUAUUGAAACAGAGGGACAGUUUGUAUGGGGACACUCGAAAACACCUUUCACUUAUACAAAUUGGGACUUUAUCAAUCCGAACGAUUUUCAAUAUAGUAUCAAAAUUCGUGAUUGUGUAGAUAUGUUUUAUAACGGACAGUGGAAUGAUCGGGCAUGUCACUUUUUAGCAAAUUUCAUUUGUGAAAAAUGAGGACCCCCCCCCCCCCCCCAUUUUCAUUUCAAAGUAUA